AUGUAUAAGAACAACCCUGACAGACAAACUAAUGACACCACUCCUAAAAUUAGGAUGAGGGAUCAAAACGUGCCAUACACAUGGUUCCCAACAAAGGAGUCGUUCAACCCAUUUGUUAGCACUCAAUCUAAAUACUUAUCUUUUGAAGGAAUGAUCAAUCAUGAGUUGCAAGAAAAAUAUAUUCAAAAGCAUCAAGGAACUCUGCAUGCUAAUGUUGAGAUGAAAUCUAUCCCAAGAUGUUUUGACAACUGUGUAACUGACUUAGAAGACUCCUUCCUUAUUCCAGAAGAAAAGAACUGAAUCAGGGAAUGCUAUUUCAAAAGAAUAAAUGCUAAGAAUGACUUCCAGUUCUUCGCUGUGCAAAUGCUCGCUAAGGAAAAGUCUGACAGCAUUAAACAUGCACAUUUCUCAUAAAUUAUUAACAAGAGGAAGAGCUUUAUUUCAAUA